AUGCUUCGACGGGCGGCUGGCGCACUGCGCGGAGGCGCCUCGCGACCGAUGAGGCCUGGCUCACGACGCGCCUCGGCUAGAGCAUCGCCCUCCUCCACCACUGGCCUGCAAAGCUCCUUUAUUAGGCCUGGGUGGGCCAUUGGAGUCCUCGUCGCUGGCGGAGCCGGGUACUAUCUUGGCAAAGGGGACGCCCCUCUGACGGCCACGCGCGUGGCCGCUCGUCCGGGUGGCGGCCGCGUCCAGGCCCCUGGUGUCCCCGCCGACGCCUCUGAGCACGAGGUCCCCGUGGAGUCGCCCGUGGAGGCCCUCGAUCUCGCAGCCGCCGACGCCAAGAUCCGCAAACAGACGAGCAGCUUCGUGUUCGCCGGCGACGCGGAGGGAGGCAGAGGGCGUGUCGACGUGGUGCGCGUGUCGAGCAACAAUCCCGUCGAGGAUGAGUGGGCUGUUGGCUUCGGCCGUGGUAUCGGCGGCGUGGGCGCGCUGUACGCCGGUGUUUAUGACGGCCAUGCGGGCUGGGCCACGUCUGCCGUCCUCAAGGAUGCCCUGAUCCGCUACGUCUCGAGCUCACUCACCAAGCUGCCAGCCUCAAGCGACGAGCCGUCAGUCGACGCGGCCAUCCAAAGCGCCUUUGUACGCCUCGAUGACCGCAUCAUGGCGACGGCCAGGCGCGCUCUCAACGCCGACUAUGAGCACGGCGCCGCUGCCGCCAUCCGUGCCCUGGCCCCGGCCAUAGCCGGCUCCUGCGCCCUUCUCUCCGUCUACGAGCCAUCAUCGCGCACGCUUCGCACCGCCGUGACGGGCGAUUCCCGCGCUGUGCUGGGUUCCCAGAACCCCGACGGCGAGUACGUGGCCGAGGCGCUGAGCAAGGACCAGACGGGCUUCAACGCCGACGAGUGCGCGCGUCUUGAAAAGGAGCACCCCGGUGAGCUGGCCGACGUCAUCGACCCCAAGAGCGGGCGUCUCCUGGGCAUCGCCGUCACGCGCGGCUUUGGCGACCACCGCUGGAAGUGGUCCAACGAGGACGUGUCGUCGGCGCAGGGCCGUUUCUUCGGCUUCGGACCCCGCCCCAAAGUCAAGACGCCGCCGUACAUGACGGCACGACCCGAAGUGACGACGCGGCGGGUCUCGUCGGACGACUUUGUAAUUCUCGCGUCGGACGGGCUCUGGGACGUCAUGUCAAACGACGACGCGGUGGCGUGCGUGCAGCGCUGGCUGGCGGCGAAGCGGCGCGGGCGAGCCGAGGACGUGAAGCCGAUGGAGUCGCGGCUGACGAUCGGGCAGGGCGGCUACGGCAGCUGGAAGGCGACGCCGGAUGCGUUUGCCAUUGAAGAUCUGGACAGCGCGGCCGUUUGCCUGGUGAAGAACGCGCUGGGCGGGCGGAGGAGGACGUUGUUCUGCGGUGCGGCGACGGCGGGCGCGCCGCAGAGCAGGUAUGUGCGCGACGACAUGACGGUGCAGGUGAUUUUCUUCAAGGACCCAUACGCGUGA